UUCUUUUAUCGAAUGAUUUUUAAGUUAACGGACCUCAUCUGUACCUCCUUUUUCACACCAUAUCGUCCAUCAGAGCAAUACAAAUGUGGUGCAUUUCUACAGAAUCGUAUCGAAGACAAAACUCUCAACUACUACUAUUCAAGUAUUAAUCAUUUCAUAUCACUGCUGUCGAACAAAUUCCCUCAUGAAGAAAAACAUUCAAAUUCUAGGUGUUGCGUAUGCUGUUGUUCAAGCUCGUCGAGAAAGGAGAAUACAGAUUCACGUUUCGACGGGUGCAAGCGGAAUUCCUUGAAUGCGAUUAUGGCGUUACUGGUUUUGUUAGACGUAUUCGCAGCGGCAACUUUAUUGAUUACGGGACAGUAUGCUGAGUAUGGACUAGCUGAAUUGCCAAAUCGUUUGAACUACUGCAUUGACGACUUGAAUCUUUACAAACGAGACACCGAUGCUAGGAUACGAAAGUUAUUGAUCGACGACUACCAAAUGUUGAAUCGAACGGUAUCUUCGCAGUUGUCAUUCGCUGGGCACGAAGUCGUUCAAGGAGUCAAGAAGCUUACUGGCGCGAAUACGGUUGAUGCGCUUAUGAAUAUUAGUAAAAGUAAGUCAAUGUAUUCUACAGGGAAGAAAAGCCUGAGCCUGGGUCUUACUACUUACAGUGAUUUUCAGAUAGAAUACGGACGUAUGCGGUCGACAUUGAUCACUGAGCUACAAGAGUGUCUUCAAAAUGAAGUGGAAUCAAUGAAAGCAAUCUGUCUCAAAGCGGAGAAAACUUUGGAAACAAUGGCACCACAGCGACUAGAUAUUGAUCUGAGAACACUUGAUCAAAUUAAAAACGCCAACAUUCCUCAGUUGCUUGAUACAACAGUUCAGAAAUUUUCGGAUAUACAGAAAAAAAUCCAGACGGAAAUUGACAAGAAAGUUCACAUAUCUCAAAUGGAACUGAAACGAAUUGCUGAUGGUCUUUUCGUAGCAGCUGAAAAUAUUUCCACCCAGAUUCGACAGGUUGGAAGCUUGAGUUGCCGAAAAUUCAUUUUCUGUAAAAAAUUGAUUCUGUAUAAAUGGAUUGUAACCAUUUUCAGUCGAACGUUCUCCUUGGUGAUUACGUCUAUAUUCAUGCUGAUUGCAUUUUGCUUCCUUCUCGGACUGUUCUACGGGGUAUGUGGUCGCCGGCCAACCUUCUACAAUGAUGACUGCUGUGUACGGUCGACUGGUGGACGAUUUUACUCAUGUGGGAUCUGGCUGACCAUAGCUACAUUCACUGCGCUUUCUGUCAUAACAGCAGUACUCUUCUUCACUGUCGGGAAUACAUCUGAUAUUGUGUGCCGAACUCUUCGUGAUCCUCUAUCACGUAAUGACAUCAUCAAGGUAAUCGGCAGUUCAGAUCUGAUACGAGCAUGUCAACGUAAUGAAACACUCUACGAAAUAUUCCAACUUGAUAAGAAGUACCAUCGAAGGAACGGAUUUCAGUCACUCGAAAAGGAAGUGUAUGACAAAUUGGAAAGAUAUCUCAGCAUCACCUUGACGGACCUCCCAACUAUAGGGCCUAUCGCUAAUAUAAUUUCAAAUAGCGAUUUCGAGCGACUACAACAACUCGCUGCUGAACUGAACAAUUCCGAAAUUCGCCGUUUUAGUCUUUCUGAGGUGAGCAAACACCUAUGCUCCUGCUCUUCGAAUCAUUCCAGUUUCGAUGGAUACAGCUUGAAAGAUGGUGAGACUCACCUAUUCCAGAUGUUGGAGCAGAUUAAGGAAGUAGACACACAUUCCGCUAAACCCCUUCGAAUCAAAAUUACUUCACUUCUGAAAAACCUAACUCGCCUCAAUAAAAGGUCAGCUUUGAAAAUGCCAGUGAGCACGUUGUUGAGUAAGCUUCAGCAUGCUCAAGCUCUUCUUUCUGAAGAUUUACGAGGUACCAUGGAAAAGGCAGCACGAGAACAGUUGAAUGCCAUACUUUCUAAUAUCAACCAAUAUGUUGAUCAUGUUAAAAGUCAGAUGCAACAUGAAGUCUCGUCGUGUGCCCCCGUUAGAGCAAUAAUUUCGUCGUCAACAGCUGCUCUUUGUGAUUACACGAUUGACCCAUUGAACGGCGCGUGGAUGUCGAUGCUGAUAAGCCUGUUGUGCCUUGUGCCAAUACUUAUAUUUGCUACAGCACUUGUUAAACUGUACGAAAAAAUGCACUCAUUCCCGAAAUAUGUUGUGGAAACUCCACCGGAUCAUCAUCAGUUGUCCUCUUUCAUCACGGAUACAUACGAAACCCGUCAAAAGCCCGGCUACACAAAUUACUCUUACACCGAUAACUACCAUCGUACAUUCCGGUAG